CUGAGCGUCAGAUGGGCUGCAAACCACCCUGAAGGAGCAGCAGAGACGGGUUUUGGCACUGUGAGCUUUGGAAUAGCUUGGAAGAGGACUACUGAGUAAACAGAGAGGUCAACGCCACCAAACCUCAGCAGCAGCAGCAGCUAGCAUGGCUACAGCAAGCACCUCAGGGCAGAGCGCUUUUGGGCUCGGGAGGAAAAAGAAGAAUCCCGGUCUGAUGGAUCAGAUUAGCAAAUUCUUUGGAGGAGACAAAAAGAAGAGGAGCAAGGGGUCUUUCCGGGGUCAUCUGGCCGCCUCACCCCAACAGUCCUCUUCCCGCCGUCGGACUAAUGAAAAUGCUGUUGUGCAUUUCUUCAGGAGCAUUGUUUCCUCUCCUCGUCCUAAAUCCAGGUGGAGAGACGUCUUGGGUUUGGCCACGUCACCGCGUGCUGAGAGCACAAAGUCACCGAUCAGAAGACGCAGAGACCAGAGCACGCUGUCCAGACUCUUCAACCUGUGAUGUUCUCAUCAGAGAUCAGGAGAAGGCAAGUCCCGUGCACCCUCUAAACGCUGGAGCACCAUCUUCUAAGCUCUCCACUGAGGACCAAACCGCAGAUCCGACACCGAUGAGACCAGAAGAAGAAGGAGAGACAGAUACGCCUGCGGCAGACUCACAACCUCAAGAGAUGUUAACCUACUAACACGAUCCUCCUUUAUCUUUAGACAGAGACACAACAUUAGUGUAAAAAUCCUCUUUUUAUUUUUAAUCCUACUUCUGAGGAAUUAUUUAGCUGUUUGUAAGAGGUUCAGUCAUGCUUUUAGUAAAGUCUCCUACCAUAAAAAUCAUUGUCUGAUGGUGCUAGUGUCUGCUGUCUGAGGUUUGUUCAUGGCAGGUGUUUGUUUCUUCUAUGUCUGCUGUCGUCUGCAUUUUGUACACGAUUGAUGCUUUAUGGAUCUCGCUGCUUCCUAGAAACACACAGCUCACACGACACACAAGCCAAACAAACUUUCACAUGUGAAAUCAUGACAGAGGGUGGUCCCGUUUCUGAUUGAGCAUGUCACAAAGCCACAUGUUUGUAAAAUGCAACUGGAAACCUAUAGAAGUAGUGGGCUCUAAUAUUGUUUUUAACACCACUGCUUUAGUUUUCUUUGCCUCCGUGUAAUUAAUCAACAUGUAUGAUGUUGAUGCUACCCAACCCUAUCAAAACAAGAUAAAAAUGCCCUUUCGAAUGCACUGUUUCACAACCGAGAAAUGUGCUAAAACUAUUCUGUUGUCUUUUCUGUAGCUUUCUGUAGCUUAUUUAGUGAUUUUCUUUAUCUGUUCUGUCGUAAUUUAAGUUUUAUGGUGAUUUGUGUUUUUCCAGAGGAUGGCUGACAUGUUUUGUAGCUGAUGGUUAAUUUGCAAGUGGUUCAAAGGUUUAAGGAUGAAGCAGCAAGGUGGCACGAGGAGCACAGUACUGUAGGACAGGAUGUUGAAUUCACGUGUUCUGACAAAUAAUUUGUGAUCUUUUUUUUUUGUUUGUAGUAAAUUACACUGCCACUCUCAUUUCUACUUGAUGUUUGUAUGUUCGCUUUAACUGAAUGGUCAAAAGCACUGUAAAGAUGAGGUGGCUAACGUGUGGUGGUGCUACGGGAAUAGGAAGUGAUACUUAGAUAAGUGUUGCGUUUCCUCUUAAUGUAAAUUUCCUGUUUGUAAUGUACGGCCUAACUUGCAAUAAACACCUUUACUUUUUUCAAA